UGCACACACAUCAAACCUGACGUCUCUCUUUUUCACAAACACAAACGCUCAAUGGAAGAAUUUGGCGGCGGCGGCGCCGCCCGCUCUCGCAACCACCGCAACGGCUCCCCUUCCGAUCGACUCCUCGGAGUAUUCAGUCAGCAUCCGGCGGCGCCGGCGCUAGAGCUCUCGGAACAGGACAUCUUCAACACUCCAUCGGGGAGCUCUCCAUCCUCACCCACACACUCAGGCAGCCCUAGGCGGACGCGGAGCCUCCACAACCACAACCACAACCACCCGAGGAAUCAGUACGGAAUCCUAGCGGCGCUAAACGAUAACCGCAAAACCCGAUCGGGAUCCGAUAACCGGCCCGUCUUCAACCACAAGGCCUCCGCCCCGGUCUCCCUCUCGUCGUCGUCGUCCACCUCCCCCGCCGCGUCGUCCUCGUCUCGGAUGGCGAUUCCGAGGAAACCGCCCCCGCCGCCGCCGGUGGAGAGAAUGCGGAUGCGGCAUCAGUCGGCGCCGGUGAACGUGCCGGUAAUACCCGCGGCGUUGAGGAGGAGGGCGCGGGAUUUGGAGGAAGUGGUGUCGGAGGAGGAGGAGGAAGAGGGGGAGGAGGCGGAGAUGAGCAACGGAAUGAUGCUGCCGCCGCACGAGGUGGUGGCGGCGCGGGAUUCGCCGAUGCUGGCGAACUCGGUGCUGGAGGGGGCUGGGCGGACGCUUAAAGGCAGGGAUCUCAGGCAGGUACCAAAACAGCUUCUGGACUAUCAAUUGAAGAAGAAGCCAAGUCUGUUUAUUUAAAGAUGUGGUCUCUCAACAGUAGAUGCUUGAACAGAGAUUGUGCAGUAGGUGAAGAUGACUUCAGCAGGGGGGGGGGGCAUCAAAUGUGAAUGACAGGGGGGUAUAAUGUUCAUCCUAUUUAAAGGAAAGUGUGGAACAGGAUAUUAAAAAAAAAUCUGCAAAUAAAGAGCAUGCUGUAUGCCAGAUUCUAGUACGGCAGAAAGUGGGGCUGAUUUAUCAAGUUGGUGCUAGUGAAAUAUAGUAUGAUGGUGAGAUGAAGAAAAUACAGAAAAAAUGUGAUACGCGGAUGAACAAACUUAUACGGGAUCACCAACAGGAAAAUUGAUACAAAUGUGGGAGGAUAAAAGGUUAAAACUGGAGACAGAUCACAAAUUGGAGAGCACCUUUAUUCGGGCUAUACAUGGUGAAGCCUCGGCAGCUUUUGAUUGACAAGUUUUAGGAAAAGCAUUAUCUGCUAUCAAUGGGGAGAGACAAAAGGUAGCUGAUUGACUAGCCAAAGAAAAAGCUUGCUCUAGUGAACUGAGGGUUAUUAAUGGUGAUCAGUCACUUGGUUCUCAAUCAGAUGAUCUUGUGAGAUCAGAUUAAGCUUCUGCAACCUGCAAGCCAGCCAGCAAAGCUCCAGUAGAUGGGGUUUUUUUUGGCAGCUGCAUUUGUUAUCUGCAAGGCCUGAGGGAACUGGAGUUGUUCUGUCUCUAUAUAUUUCUCGUUCUGAAGGAAUUUUGGAAUUGCAUUCUGAUUGUCUGGACAGGUCCUUGUGCAGUUGCUACUUGCUAGUGAACGAAAUGCCGAAUUUGCAGAAAGGCCAAAUCACACUGUUUUGCAGAAUGAUGUGUCUGGGAGGUGACGAGCACAUCGCAACAGCCGAAUCAGGUUGUAAGGGAAAAUGAUGUGGUUAUUCCCCAAGAAGUGAUGAGCACAUGAAGAUGGCCAAAUCAGGCUAUUCCACAAGUGGAUAUAGAUGCAUGCAAUCUUCACGGACCUGGCUUCCUUUUGAAUCAAACUCACAAUCCUUCAUCUUGGAAUAACUUUACCAAUUAAUGAAACUUAUGCUAGUUAUGGGACAUAAACAUUGAAUUUGCUUUAUGGUACACGAAUCACACAGUAGUUGCACCAUGGUGGUCACAAUUAAGAUAAAGGUAUAGAGGAUCCUUCUUGUUUUCAGGAUCUUAUUUGCAACUUGAUCUUAAUGAUCCUCCUGCUAAUAGGGAGAUUAUCUGAAGUGUGCGGUAGUGAAAUAGUAAGUUUCAAGGAAAAGUAAUAUAGAAGAUAAAUGGUGUUCUGAGCAUAUACAAAAGGCUUAUGUUCUUAAAUGCCAUGACUCAUGCAUCUCUUAUUUCCUGUUUGACUUCAUUGAAUCAUGGAUGUAACCAGGGAUCCAAAUUUGAAUUAGCCCACUUUUUUAUUA